UCCGGAAUCAUUUCCAACCUCCCUUCUAUUCGCCGGAGCUCUUUUCGGUGGAUUUUCAAAGAUCUCUCUCCUUACAUUUCCGCAGAAAUUUCAACCUCUCUCUCUCUCCCCCCUUACAUUUCCGAAGAAAUUUCAAUCUCUCUCUCUCUCUACAUCGCGGAAGAAAUUGCAAAUAUCUCUAUCCUUGCAUUUCCUUCGAAAUUCUACAAUCUCUCUCUACAUGUCCGAAGGAAUUUCAAAGAUCUGUGUCAGUUUUCUCUAGAAAUUUCGAUCUUUUUUCAAGUGCAAAUGCAGGUUAGGAAGGACCCAAGGAGAUCAGAUAUUUGGGUGUAUUUACAAUGAUGAAAGGAGGAAGUGUCUAUGUAUUGAGAGGUAAACGACUUUCGUUUACUAUCGUCGCUCUCACUUGCACAACCAUUCUUCUUUUGGCAUGGGAGUGGACUCCUUUUGUUAAUAAUCUUAUAUUGGAGAAUCAGUUCGAGAUCCUUUCUCCAGGUGGUGCAGAAAUUCAAAUACAUGCCCCAGCAGCUGACUUGAUGUCUACUAAAAAUAAGGCAUCCAUGGAGGAAGAAUUCUCUGAUGAAUCCGAGGCAAGAGAAAUAAGAACCGACCAGGCAGGACAAGGUUUUGAUGUUCCGCCAACAGUUUCCUCAGACACAAGAUCCCCCGAAACAAGAAUUGAUGAGGGUCUGCCAACAUCUCCUGUGGAGACGAAAGGAUGUAACUAUGCAAAGGGUAAAUGGGUUGCUGACAGCCGGCGGCCAUUGUAUUCUGGUUUUGGUUGUAAGCAAUGGUUAUCUGGGAUGUGGGCAUGUAGAAUGACUCAACGUAAAGAUUUUUCUUAUGAGGGUUACCGAUGGCAGCCGGAGAAGUGCAUGGUGCCGGAAUUUGAAGGAUCAAAAUUCUUGAGAAGGAUGCGAGACAAGACGAUUGCUCUUGUAGGAGACUCCUUGGGGAGGCAGCAGUUCCAAUCUCUGAUGUGUAUGGUCACAGGAGGGAAAGAGAUCCCUGAUGUGGAAAAUGUCGGAAAGGAAUAUGGCCUUGCCAAACCCCGCGGUGCUAUACGCCCUGAUGGCUGGGCCUACAGGUUCCCAAGCACCAACACCACCAUUCUCUAUUACUGGUCAGCAAGCCUCUGUGAAUUGGAGGCUCUCAACAUCACCAAUCCAAAAACUGAGUAUGCCAUGCACCUCGACCGCCCGGCAACAUUCCUGAUCCGCUACCUUCCCAGGUUUGAUGUCUUGGUUCUCAACACGGGCCACCACUGGAACCGUGGGAAGAUUAAUGGAAACCGGUGGGUCAUGUACGUCGAUGGACGGCCAAACGACAACCGGGCCCUUGCUGAUAUCGGAAACGCCAAGAAUUUUACUGUUAAUAGCAUCGUGAAGUGGUUGGAUUCACAACUUCUGCAGCACCCAAAGCUCAAAGCCUUCUUCAGGACAAUGGCGCCUCGGCAUUUCAUCAAUGGGGAUUGGAAUACUGGUGGGAGCUGUGAUAACACAAUCCCAUUGGCUGGAGGGAGCGAGGUUUCGCAAGAUGAAUCUAGUGACCCAGUUAUCGGGGGUGCUGUUAAUGGCUCCAGAGUUAAGAUUUUAGACAUAACUGCAAUCUCACAGCUGAGAGAUGAGGGCCAUAUAUCAAAGUACAGCUUAAAAGGCACGCAAGAGAUGCAAGAUUGUUUGCAUUGGUGCCUGCCCGGCAUUCCGGAUACAUGGAAUGAACUCCUUUAUGCACAGAUAUAGGCACGGCCAUGCUUCUGUCUUGCAGAAAUGAUGAGAAUUCAGCAGGGAACGGGGCCUUGUGGCGAUGGCCCACCAUCUGAAACUUCCAUACUAGGACUGUCUUGGUCAUUUGGCUUGUAUUUCUAGUGAUUAGCCUAUUCCAUUGAUUAGCAUUGUCCAUUCAAAUCUACUGCAGCAGCAGCAUUCUUGGUGUAUAAAUUCAAUUUUCGCUGAGUUUUGCAUGAGGAAUUGAUAGAAUUCGUUGUCAGACUCAGAUUCUUCUUCUUCUUCUUCUUUUUUAACUUAUCUUGUAACAUUUGGUCUGCUAACUUCAUGUCUUGAUUUUCAGCCACGAAUCUGUCCAAUAUUUUUCUUUUC